UGAUGAUGCUUUCAUCCCAAUGAGCUCUUCCUUUCUCUUCUCUCACCAAAUUCAAUAAUAUACAGCUCGCAGAUGAUUACUCGCACUCCGUUGCACAGAACAAUUGUUUGCUACACGGUCAUCCCAGCGCGAUCGCCUGCCAAGAAUACCCCGGACAAUUGCGGCGAACUGCAUCAGCUUAAACAACCAGACGAAACCUCCUUCAAACGCCCCCCACUACCCUUUCUUCAGCCUCGCAUGAUCAUGAUCAUCAGGCACAGAGAAGAUCAAUUCCUGGAGUGAAGCUCAUGAUGGCUUCAAUGGAGCCUACCACUCCGUCAGUAAAGCGCUCAUUCAGCCUCCCACCACAAACAUCGAAAACAGCAUCGAGUCCAGAUUCGCAAAUCGAAAUCCUAUACAAUCUCCCAUCAGUCCGUAUCGUACAAUUCAACGCAGGAAAGGGCACAGCCUCAGUCACAUCCUCCUCGAGGCCUAGUUCAAGUAGUGGAAGUCCGGUGAUAGAAGAGCAACCUGGAACAUUAUCAUGGGUUUCACGUUUUGAGAGAACUAUUGCUGUUGGUGCACUGCGAAUAUAUCGAGCCCCUGGAUCCGUCGCCUUCCUUAACUGCCAGUCAGCAUUGCGGCCAAUCCUACCCAAAUCACAAGCAUGGUGUGUUGACGGCGAUAGCAAAUUCGUGCUCCAAAUCAGACCACCUCAAUAUUGGCGAAUUGAAGUUCCAAACACAAGUGCAGCAGAGAAACUUGGGGUGGAAGAGCUAAAGAGAGUCCUUGAUCAAGUCCUUCGAUUUGAGAAAACGCCAUGUCCAUUUCAAAGGGACUUCACUGUUGAACUUCCGGAAGAGCCGCAAACCCCCAUAAAGAAGAGGCCAUGGAGGCCUGUAGAGAGACCAAAGAGUGAAGAGCCCCCUGAAAGCGGACGAUCAAGAGCAAACUCUGCUGCGCAAACACCCAAACCGACUUCCCCUGUUCUUGAGCCUACACUGUCUUCAGGCGACUCUGAUCACCCGCCUACACCUCUCAAGAGGCCCGAUGUACCCCGUCUCAUUUCGGAGAUUGAGGUUUUAUCACAAGCACAAGAUACCAAGAGUGCUACAUUGGACGAAAGCAUAGCCGAUGAGGAAACACAAGUCCUACCCGAGGUGGAGGCAGACUGCCGGGAUGAUGAUCGAGUUACACUAGACACCACCUCCAAUUUCGCUGAAGGAUCUCUAAAACCGUCAUUACUUGAAAGUCCAGAUGCCGAAUACAGAUUCGAAAGCUACGUUGAUUCCGAGGAGGAGAAUGACAGCUUUAGCGAUGCUACCGAUGAUACUGGCUUGACACCAAAGGAAUCUAAUCAACCAUUCUUCCAGCCUCUAACCGCUGAGCCAGACCGGGAAAAGCCCCAAGCUCUUCAGAAUUGCUCCAGAUCAGUUACCGCGCCUCCAGUCUUAUCACUAGUCACAAGUCCGCCUUCCAAACACAGAACCAAGUCAACCUCACCUCUCAGGUAUUCAACCAAUGUCGAAUCAAACUCAGACUUCUCGUCCAGUGUCGACUCAUUUCAUAGCGUGCAGUCAUGGCACUCGCCUUUAGCACCACCCUCACCUCCCGCUUCUCAACCAUCCUCCCCAGCAACAACUUAUCCCUACCCUCACGAAAAUAUAGUCCUGCCAAAACGUCCUUUGCACACUCGUGAUGCCUCAGAGCAGACGGUGUCGCCUGAGACACCUCGUAUUUGGGAUGUGGCUGCCGAUAAUCCCUCCGACUCUGCUUCUAGAGGCGUGUCGCCGCCACCCAAGACUCCUCCGCUUGUGAAUGAUGGAAGCGAAAAGUCAGAUGAAGAACCGGCAGAGGUUGUGACACCACCAACAGUUCGAUCUACCAUUAGGCACAGAGCUACAACUAGCAGUAACUCUCGCCGAAGAGCGCUAUCCCCACUACCUCCUGCUGUUAAUCUCUUUUCUCCUCCACGUCGACGGCCUCGGAAGCUGCAGACUGCUCGCCAUCUCCCCACCGCAAUCAUCCAAAAGACUUGUGAGAUUCUGCUCAGUCCCCCUAGCCAUCUUUUCCACCUUAUGAUCAGUAUUGCUACAAAGAUUGCUGCUGGUGAAUGGAGAGGCAUGCUUUCAAGUCACGGAGAAGCGGUUCACUGGGACUUCGAGGAUGAGUAUGGCGGUGAUCCGUGGUUCGAGGAUGAUUACAAUAUGGGCCCUCCAAGACUUCAAAACAAAGCGAAGAGUACGAGCAGUAACACCCCAGGUGGCAGCUGGGAAGUCGAUUAAGAAGUGGAGAAGAUUUUAGUUUAUUUUCAUCCUGUUGGAUACUGUAUGAUUUUGUAUAAGAUACCUUGGUCGCAUGCAUUGACUAUGGAUGGAAAAUGGCGUGGAGCCGUUAUAUUUUUGAGGGUUAUUAUGUUUUGCAUUAUGCCAUGGUAUCUGGCUGGGCGCAUAUCAAUGGUUCGGAUGGCAUAGGAUUACAGGACUUGGUGCAGGUCGCGAGGCUUUCAUCCAAUAGUUUAUAUUUCUAGAACUCCCAAUAGUCAUCAUCCUGUUAUAUUCGCUCUUGUUCGAACUUAGGUAUAGGAUAUGCUAUAUGAAUCCAAAGAUUACUGUCAUGAACUUGUCCGGUCUAUAAGCGAGUCUGUUGGUAUGAUAGAUCGUGUCUAUUGAAAUACUUGGGGACAAAUUU